AUGCAGUGGAUAAUCCUCAUGUUGCUGCUAUUCAUCAGCUCCAUGGACAUGCUCCCGCAGAACCGAAGGAAGAAGCAAGUGAGCUCUGUGCUGCUGGAGAACUGCACAGGCUGCGUGCUGUGCUCCGAGGACAAUGGCUGCACCUCCUGCCACCACCGCCUCUUCCUGCUCAUCUGGAGGGAUGGCAUCCGCCAGGCUGGCAGCUGCGUCCACACCUGCCCCCCCGGCUACUUCGGCCUCAGGGGCAUGGAGGUCAACAGGUGCACAAAGUGCAGGUCACCCAGCUGUGAGAGCUGCUUCAGCAGAGACUUCUGCAUGAAGUGCAAGGAGAAGUUCUACCUGCACAAGGGACAAUGCUUUAGGCAGUGCCCUCCCAGCACCGCGGCACAGCCUGGCACCCGCGAGUGCCAAGAGACCUGCGAGCCGGGGCCGUGGAGCCCAUGGGGCCCCUGCACCCACGAGGGACGGACCUGUGGCUGCAAGUGGGGCGUGGAGACCAGGGUCCGGGAGGUACCAGCGGCCACCCGGGAGGAGGGCAGCUCCUGCCCGGCGCUGCUGGAGACCAGGAAAUGCCGCAUGAGGAAGCACUGUCCCGGAGACAAAACUGAACCCAAAAAUAAAGGCAAAAAGAGACAGAAGAAGCCAAAGACAGAACCACACAUGGGCACUUAG